CCCAAACAGAUCCUUGCUUCCGUCAUAACCCUGGCCCGUUGCUCUGCAAAUGUGCCAAAUGAUGCUCCUGCUUUUCAUCCACCACACACUCGAGUCCCCGAUCAUCACAAAUCCAGAACGGUGUCAUCUGCUACCUUCCCUUUGUCCAUUCGUAUUCGCAGCUACAUCCUCCAAUCCUCCCACUGGCUCCCCGCUGCUCCCGGCCUGUUCAAAGCUCAUUCCCCAGAAAACACUAGCUUGCUCGCUGCUGCCUCUCUGAGACGAAAGGUACAUAAACAUUGCUGUGCCCCCUUCCCACCGGACCCUGACUGUGAUUCCUCCUCAGACCUCCGCCAUUCAACCAUCUCGUCGACCCAUUUUCCUUCUCCCAGACCUGCGUCUACCUCUCAGUCCUUGCGACCUGAUUACCCAGCCUGUCCUGCAUCAUGUCGACCAACCAGGAGCACACCGAUCUUCACAACACCGCCAAUUUGGCAGCCAAUGGCAACACUUCCAACGAACAGCAGAAGUUCGAGCAGGCCACUCGCGGCAUGAGCCACGAGGAAAAGGCCAAUGCUCAACAUGCCGCUCGUUUCGGCUACGGUCCUCUCGCUCACAUGCGCACUCACGAAGGCAACAUGCUUCCUGCUUUCGGUGGUGAAUUCCAACCCGGUCUCUACAAGCCUGUUGAGGGUCGCAAAUUCGCCAACCCAGCACCUCUUGGUCUCUCGGCCUUUGCCUUGACCACUUUCGUCCUCAGUCUGCUUAACUUGAACACCCGCAACCUAGCUGGCAUCAACAGCAUUGUCAUUGGUCUGGCCUUUGGCUAUGGUGGUCUUGUUCAGCUUUUGGCGGGCAUGUGGGAAAUCGCUGUCGGUAACACUUUUGGUGGUACUGCGUUGUCAUCCUAUGGCGGCUUCUGGAUCUCUUUCGCCAUCACUCUUACCCCUGGUGGCUUCGAAAUCGUCUCGUCGAUCGAGGCAGCGGGUGGUGAAUCGGCUGUGCUCAACUCACUUGGAUUCUAUCUCAUGGGCUGGUUCAUCUUCACCUUCCUUCUCCUGAUCUGCACCUUGAAAUCUACCGUUGCCUUCUUCUUCCUCUUCUUCGUGCUCGACCUCGCCUUCCUUCUCUUGGGUAUCGCUUAUCUGCGUCCUGUCGACGGCGCCCCAAGCCCAGGCUGCACCCGCGCUGGCGGUGCAUUUGGCAUCCUCGCCGCCUUUGCUGCCUGGUACAACGCUCUGGCCGGUAUCGCCGAUACUUCCAACAGCUUCUUCAUCAUUCCUGUCGCUCACUUCCCAUGGUCGGAGAAGGGAAAGGCUGCCCGCGCAGAGAAGCGGGAUGUUGAGCACCAAGCAUAAAUUGCUAUCAGCGCAACUCGAAACAAAUGAUAACAAUGUGUCUCGCAUAUGCGGAACAUGUGCAGUCUGCAGUCUGCCAGAGACGCUCUCACUUCUACGGAGAUGAUAUGCUCAAUGAAUCAAAUUGGACCCAGGGGAAAAAUAUCCGGAGAUGAUAUACCCUUUGAUGCUACGAUCUGUUUGAAUACCCCAAGACGCGUGGCGUGUUUUUGGAUCAUGAUCCUUCUUUUGCCGCAAAACAUAAGACUAAUUCGAUGUAUCUAAUCGUUGUAAUACAACAUUUGCGCUUAUCUACAAUGUCGCGAAUGCCAACCCGUGGUGACACUCUU